UUCAGCGUUAGAGAAGAACCACACCGGAAGCGGAAGAGAAACCGGAAGUGCAGAAAUGGAGGCUGCCGUGUUCAUUCUAUCACUCGUCGACUGCUGUGCUUUAAUAUUCCUCUCGGUUUAUUUCAUUAUCACCCUGUCUGAUCUGGAGUGCGACUACAUCAAUGCUCGAGCUUGCUGCUCCAAGUUAAACAAAUGGGUUCUCCCUGAGAUGAUCGGCCAGGCUCUGGCCACGGUCCUGAUGCUGGUGUCCAUGCACUGGUUCGUGUUCCUGCUCAACUUACCCGUGGCAUCAUGGAACGUUUACAGAUACGUGAAGGUCCCCAUGGGGAACAUGGGAGUGUAUGAUCCCACAGAGAUCCACAACAGAGGCCAGCUCAAGUCCCAUAUGAAGGAAGCCAUGAUCAAGCUGGGCUUCCACCUCCUCUGCUUCUUCAUCUACCUGUACAGCAUGAUCCUGGCGCUCAUCAACGACUGACCCGCAACCGUCUUCUGAACACAAACUGCCAAAUCAUAAACUGGCCUUUACAUUUUG